AUGUUCUGUCAAUAUGGCUUCAAACGAAACAGUGCAGGAUGUGAAAUCUGCGAAUGCCUAUCACCACCAGAAAUUGAAUGCCCACCAGUCAGAUGCAGAAUGUAUUGCAAACAUGGGUAUAAAACUGAUGUUAACGGAUGUGAAAUCUGUGAAUGCCAAUCACCACCAGAAAUUGAAUGCCCUCCAGUCAGAUGCAGAAUGUACUGUGAACAUGGGUAUAAAACUAAUGUUAACGGAUGUGAAAUCUGCGAAUGCCAAUCAGCACCAGAAAUUGAAUGCCCUCCAGUCAGAUGCAGAAUGUACUGUGAACAUGGGUAUAAAACUGAUGUUAACGGAUGUGAAAUCUGCGAAUGCCAAUCCCCACCAGAAAUUGAAUGCCCUCCAGUCAGAUGCAGAAUGUACUGUGAACAUGGGUAUAAAACUGAUGUUAACGGAUGUGAAAUCUGCGAAUGCCAAUCACCACCAGAGUGUUCACCUAUUAUUUGUUCAAUGUACUGUGAACAUGGGUUUACAACAGACAACAAUGGCUGCCCUAAAUGUGAAUGCAGACCCUACCCUGCUAUCUGUGGAGACAACAUUCCAGCUUGCCAUCUUCACUGUGAGGAUGGAUUUGAAGUUGAUGAGAAUAACUGCCCACUGUGUCAAUGCAAAGGUAAGAAAACCUUUUCAUAA